CAGAUUUCAGACAUGGAAACAAUGAAGGUCAACCAGACAGUCGUGGGAGAAUUCAUUCUUGUUGGCUUCUCCGUGUACCCACAUGUGCAGAUGUUCCUCUUCCUGGUCUUUCUUGGCCUCUAUCUUCUCACCCUCACAGGUAACCUGGCCAUCAUGGGUCUCACUUGGGUGGACAGAUCUCUCCACAUCCCCAUGUACCUUUUCCUUGGUGCCCUCUCUUUCUCCGAGACCUGCUACACACUGACCAUCAUCCCCAAGAUGCUGGCAGAUCUGCUGACUGGGAACAGAGGCAUCUCAGUCACGGGGUGUGGCUUGCAGAUGUGUUUCUUCUUGGGACUUGGUGGCACCAAUUGCAUCGUCCUGACCUUGAUGGGAUAUGAUCGCUUUCUGGCCAUCUGCAACCCUCUCAGAUAUCCACUGCUUAUGACCAACGUGGGGUGUGGACAACUUGUGGCCUCUGCUUGGGCUGGAGGCUUCCUUAUCUCUCUGAUAGAGACUGCGCUGAUAUUCAGGGGCUCCUUCUGCAGCCCCAACCUUGUCAGACACUUCUUCUGCCACAUGCGAGCAGUGGUGAGGCUAUCCUGUCUAGACAGCGACCUCACGGGGUCCGUUGUGACAGUGAUCUCCGUGUCUGGCUUGAUGGGCACAUUCCUGCUCAUCAUCAUCACUUAUGUGUUCAUUCUUUCCACUGUCUUCAGGAUCCCGUCAGCCGAGGGCAAGCAGAAGGCCUUCUCUACCUGUGCCUCGCAUCUCACAGUGGUCCUUGUCCACUUUGGGUUUGCAGCCAUUGUCUAUCUGAAGCCAGAAGCUUCAGGAGGGGACGACACGCUCAUGGCUGUCCCUUACACGGUCAUUACCCCUUUCCUCAGUCCUCUAAUUUUCAGCCUCAGGAAUAAGGACAUGAAGAAUGCCCUAAGAAAGGUGCUUGGAAAGAGGAGAUUCUUGAAAAAACAAUUUUGGAUUAAUGCUACGUUAGUGACUGUCCCCUGA